AUGAUAGACCUACUUUGCUCGAAUAACGACGCCCUCGUCGGGAUGAGCUUAAUAUUAGCGCUGAGCAGUUUCCCCUUAGGGGCAGCGUCCAAUGUUAUCCUACCUAGGCAAAGGGAUGGUCAACACGGAGACAGUGAUUCGGAUUCGGACUCGGACUCUGAUUCAGACUCGGACUCGGACUCGGAUGGAGGUGGACGAAGUUCUUCGAGUUCCUCAAGGACUCGUGGAUCGACCGCUACUUCGGGCCCUACGGGAACCGCACCACCAGUAACGUUCCAUGGGAGCAGGGACGCAACUUCAAGUACUGGUGCAUCCCAGCCCACUAAUUCGCUCGGUCAAAGUAGCAGCACCUCCGGAGGGGGGCUCAGCGGGGGAGGCAUUGCAGGCAUUGUUAUCGCAAUCCUGGCUGCCUUGGGCAUGGCAUCACUCAUCUUCCUGGCAUGGCGGCGCAGGGUUCGGCAUCAACGUGCCAUGCCCCGUGGAGGACUUCUCCUACCAGGGGGCUCCCCUGAUUCAUCCACCGGAAGUUCACCCAACCCCAACACAUACGCAAACAUUCAACCAGAAAUGUCCUCACGAAACCAUCUUCUCUCCUCGAUAACGACAGAUCCCUCAACCCUUGGGUCACCAACGACACAGUCCAACAGACCAUUGUCUCUUUCGACGUCGCACUAUCCGCAGUCUUCAUUAGAUGGAAACAGCGUGCUGCUAACUGCUAUUCCCCCCAUAUUGCCUAGCCCGUACGAACAACAUGAAAGAUCGCCAACGGCUCACCAACAAACGCUCGAUCGUAACGCUUCUGACGUUCAGAGUCUUCAAACACGAUCAACACUACUUUCGGAGAGCCAACCUUACACAUACGAAGAGAGCGCCAGACACAGCACACUCACUUCUAUGAGUACCUCUGCGGGGGUUUCUGGUGGAGUAGUUUCGGCCGUGACGACUAGCCCUGGUUCAGCCGGUGUUGCAUCAAGCGCGGCUACCGGUAGAGAAUCCCUUCAGCAAGACAUGGUCGCGUUCCAGAAGCGGUUAGAGGCCGAAGAGGAGGCGACAAGUGGGGGCAAAUCCAGCAGAGCGAAUGCAAGCGGUGAUGACACAUUAGGCGGCUUGCUUGACCCUCCGCCAAGUUACACGAGGGCCAAUGAGCAGUAG